AUGUCAAGCAAAGUUGAUGCUAAGUCAAAUAUUGGACUAUUGUCCAUUGGCGACAUGGGCGUUGGCGUUGCAAAGCUGCUAAUCGCCCAUGGUUUCCUCGUUGCGACUAACAUCUCUGGUCGAAGCCAAGAUACGAUCGAACGGGCUCGAGACGCGCAAGUUGAACUCCUCGAGUCUGAUGCUGAGCUGAUACAGCAAAGCUCAGUUAUACUCUCAAUCGUUCCACCCAAGGACGCUGAAGCUACAGCCGCUCGUAUUGUAAAAGCAGUAAAGGAAUCGGGAAGCAAGAAAGAGCGUUACCUGGUCGACCUUAAUGCAGUUGCGCCUUCAACAAUCAAAUCAAUUGCAGCGUCUGUCAAACAGGGAAAUGUACCUAUACGAUUUGUCGAUGGAAGCAUACUGGGACGGCCUCCAAAACUGACAGCAUCAUCCGAUGCCGAAGUAAAAUCAUCUAGUAGCACCGACUUUUCCAACUGGUACCGUCCUAGUAUCCCCAUCUCGGGACCGGAUUCGUUGACUUCACUGCCUCAUGGCAAGAGGCUCAUUUCCGUGCUGAACAUGAAGUAUAUCUCCCCCGAUAUCGGCGCAGCAAGCGGACUCAAGAUGUGUUUCGCUUCCUUGACCAAAGGAUUCACUGCUAUUGCGACUCAGUCUUUCACAACGGCGCAUAAUCUUGGAGUCUUGGACGCCCUCAAGGAGGCGCUUGGCACGCUCUACCCAUCUGUCCUCGCCACUGCUGAAAAUGGCGUGCCUGGUAUGCCACCCAAAGCAUAUCGCUGGGUUCGAGAGAUGGAGGAAAUCGCUCUUACCUUUAACGAAGAAGCAGGUUGGGACAAGGGCAUGUUCGAAGGUGCUGCGAGUGUCUAUAGAAAUAUUGCGGAAGAUGAGGUACUUGGGCAGGAAAAGGUUGGUGAGAGAAAGCGCGGAACCACCGUGGAUGAUGUGGCAGCAGCAGCAGCUGAGGGCCUGCAGAAGAAGAAGAAGAAAUCAGAGCAGUAG